AUGCAUUUUCUGAAUGAAUCCACUCUGUCCAAUGACUCGUUUGCUUACAAUCCGUCUCAUGAUUCGGAAUGUGGAUUGGUGGAUCUUUUACUCAAACGCUACGCCAUUUCUCCACUGAUUCUCUUUUGUGUCUUUGGGAAUAUGUUUAAUUUGAUCAUUCAUCGUUUUUCGUAUGCUAAUGGCGACACUUUAUUUCCCUAUUUCAAAGCAAAAGUCAUUGUUAAUUCGAUUUUCGUUUUCUCCAGAGUAUUUGAGAUGAUCCAUGCAUGGGGAAAAAAGCCAAGUCAAUUAUGGGAGCCGAUCUUUUGGAUGACUCGCCCCUACAUGAUAGCCAUUGCAAAUAUCAGCGGAACGGUGUCGAUCUGGUUAUCUGCAAUUAUCUCAUUGAAAACCGUUUUCUAUCUCCUAUAUCCAUUGACAUUUCGAUGCUAUUGCACAAAGAGAUUCACACUCAUUUGUCUCUUCUCUGUCACCAUUUUUGCCACUUUAUCUCAAGCUGCAUUCAUCUAUUUGAGAACGCCAAUUCCAAUCUCUGGGUUUAUUUAUGACGAUAAAAAGCAAUGUUUCGAUCGAAAAACUUAUUACUCAUUGGAAUUACGCGAUCAAUCGGACAAAAAGUGGUGGAAAGCGUACACAAUCGAACAAGGAAUUCUUGGGAUUUUCAUUCCGAUCAUGAUCAUGUCGACCUGCACAGCGAUCGUCUGUCAAAAGGCACGAACGGGAGUUCCGGAUCCACAACAGAAGCGUGUUCUUUAUUUGCUAAUCGCCACCACUUUUUCCCAUAUUUUAUUCGACGGGCCGGCGAUUCUUUCGCAUUUUGCGAGUGCUAUUGACCACCCGAAUCCCGCUCUGAUGUGGUGUGUGAUGAACCAUAUCUCGAAUUUCCUCUCACUCAUCAAUGCCACCAUUCCUUUUCUCUUCUACUUUGUAUGCUUUAUU